CUAAUGUCAACUCAAACUAAUUUUUUGGAUUUAAAUUCCCAAAAAAAUUUCAGAAGAAACUAUGACUUUAACAAGAAUUCAGUUCCUUUUAAGGCUUCUUGCCAGCAGUUGCCAACACUAAAUGCAGUUUCACACUCCUUAGUUCCGAUUACAACGUUGGAUUGGGAGUAUUCCAAUUCUGCACAGCAGAGUAUCCAAAAUCUCUAUACUCAUUCAGAGCCAUACCUCAUAGAGUUUCCAAUGCAGCCCUAUUAUGCUUGUCAAGAACUGGAAGAAAUAGCAACUCCUGGAGAAAAGCAGAGUACUCCAAGAUCUCAUGGAUCUACUGUAAUACUCCCUCUACCAGAGCACACAAACUUGAGAGAAAAGAGAUCUUUUAGAGCUCCGGUGCCUGCUGAUAUUUCUACUUGGAGUAAAGACUUAGCAAUCCCAGAAGCUCGCUCAAACAACACUAGGGAUAUCAGCAAGGCCUUAAACUAUAUGUCUCCAAAGCAAAUGAAAGCCUCCAAUAAAAGCAGUUCUAAGAAAUCUAGUUGCUCACGAAGCUUUUGCUUAUGAGAUAUGACUAGAAGCCAGGCUAGUCUUGCGAAGAAAGUGGUGACUCCCAACAACAUGAGGUUCUUUAAAGAGCUCAGUCAUUACUACUACAAGAUUAAGCAAGAAAUUUCUCCAUCCAGCGGGAAUCCUUUUCCUAAAUAUGUCUGAAAACACAAAGGUUCUUGAAACAAAGAGUUUGAAAGAACAUGGAAUCUUUUGGAUCACUGCAGAACUCAUUUCGGAGUGAAGCCUUACAGCUGAGAUGUCUGUGGGCGAAAGUUCACCCAGAAGGGGAACAGAAACAAGCACAUGCUCAAACAUAAUAAUUGUUCUUAA